AUGGAUCCACAUUUACAACUCAUGUGUGGACCUCUUCUCGCAUACUAUACCACUCAACAUAAUAUCUGGCAAGGCGGUGCUUUGAUAGUAACCAACGACAGUGGGAGUGAAUUAUCCUCAGCACCAACAUUAACAUUCACCUUUCAUCCUUAUUCACCACCCACUUCAGAAGCUCCGACAAUGCACGAUACUGAACAGCUCCGUCCACCUCAACACGUGACUGCACAACGGAUAUAUAGUUAUACGGGUGUGGAUAGUCGAGGUCCAUGUUCUUUCUUUCGAUUUCUGUUCGAAAUACCAUUAGGAGAGAUGGAGAUGACAGUGAGAUAUAAAUUGAAUGGGGGUGCUGAAAUGGGGUUUGUCGUUCCCGCCAUAGGGCAGAAUCUGCGGUGGGCGGCGCAUAGCUGUAAUGGCUUCUCAGCAGGUGUCAACCCAGAUGAGUUCAAGGGAGAGUUCCCCUCAGGUUAUGACCCCGUCUGGGAAGAUCUUCUUCUCCGCCAUCACCAAAAAGCCUUCCACUGCAUGGUGGGAGGAGGCGACCAGAUCUAUUGUGAUCCAUUAACACGUGAACCGGAAUUGCAGACCUGGAUAAACGCCCCUGAUCGAAAGCGCAAGCUUGGACAUCCACUGACAGAUGAAAUGAAGGGAGCAAUUGAUCGAUUCUACUUCAACCACUACUGCAAGAUGUUCCGAAGCAACGCGUUCAGCAGAGCAAACUCGUCAAUUCCCAUGGUGAAUAUGCUAGACGACCAUGACCUGAUUGAUGGGUUCGGAACGUAUGACGACGAGACUCAAGCAGCACCUGUCAUGUCCUUUGUGGGGUCCCGUGGUUAUUUUUGGUUCCUACUUUUCCAACUGUUUAUCAAUGACCAAAUCGACGGUGUCAACCCUUCUCCCAAUACUCACCCUAUUCGUAGUCUUAUCAUUGGUUCUUCUCCCGGACCAUGGAUCCCAUUUCCCUCCCAUUCCCUCUUAGUUUAUCUUGGUCCUCAAGUGACAUUACUAGCUAUCGACUGUCGUGCCGAACGUAAACUUCAUCAAAUCUGUCGACCAGAAACAUAUUCUAAAAUCUUCACCGAAGUUCAAAAACUUCAGAAUGUUCAACAUCUUGUCAUCCUCCUCGGUGUACCCAUAGCUUAUCCACGUAUGUCUUUCUUAGAACAUUUCUUAGAUCUUAAAUGGAAUCCCGUCAAUGUUCUGGCGAGACAUAACGCUCUGGGAUUAGGAGGCAUGGUCAACAAAUUCAAUCAAGCUUCUGAAUUGUUGGAUGAUCUGAACGACCAUUGGUGUGCUAAUGUCCAUAAAAAAGAGAGGAAUUGGUUAGUCAUGGAAUGUCAAAAGUUGGCUUUGGAUAUGAAAGUCAGAAUCACUUUCUUAAGUGGGGAUGUACAUUUAGCAGCGGUGGGAUGUUUGUUCACGAAAAGUAGAAGAGGGACGGGAGGACCAGAAGAAGAUCAUAGGUAUAUGUUAAAUGUUGUGACGAGUGCUAUUGUGAACACCCCUCCACCGGGAGGAGCGGCGAAGAUGGUAUCAAUUUUGGGUUCACAUAAACAUAGGACCUUACAUCACCACACAGACGAGAUGAUGGUCCCUCUAUUCGACAAGGAUACCGAUGGGACACCUAUGAAACGUAAAUUGGCCCAGCCCAGGAGGAACUAUACGAUUGUGCAAUACCUUUCUUCUGGGGAGUUGGAAUUUGACAUUAGGGUUGAGAAGUCUCAAGGAGCUGGGGAAACAGUCAGUUAUCCCAUUAAAGCCCCAGCUGUCAAAUGGCAAUCCUCACACAAUCCCCUAUCACGAAAUGACCAGAAUCAACUUCACGAGGGGAAUGGAUACGCGACGAUGGGACAUAAAUCCUCUGGACCAGGAAAGAGUGGUAAUGGAACGGGAGAAUUGUCCAAUGGACAUUUCCGAGCGGAGACAAGAUGA